AUGGACGAGCGCUUCAACAGGUGGCUGCUGCCGCCGCUGCUGGCGCUGCUCUUCUUGCUCAUCGUCUACCAGUACGUGUCGCCCGCCUGCCCCGGCGCCGCCUGCCCCAGCCGCCCGCCGGCCUCAGCUUCCCUCCGCCGGGGGGGUCCGGCGGAGCGAGAGGAGGAGGAGGCGGCAGCGGACGCCGCGGAGGAGGAGGCGGCGGCGCUGCCGCGACUAGUAGCCAAGUUCCCGUUCGCGCGGGGGGAGCUGUGUCGGCGGGUGCGGUUCGACAUGCGGGGUCGCGACGUGAUCGUCUUCCUCCACAUCCAGAAGACCGGCGGCACCACUUUCGGGCGGCACCUGGUGCGCAACAUCCGCCUGGAGCAGCCGUGCUACUGCCGGGCCGGGCAGAAGAAGUGUGCGUGCCACCGCCCGGGCGGCGACAAGGACACCUGGCUCUUCUCACGCUUCUCCACCGGCUGGAGCUGCGGGCUGCACGCCGACUGGACUGAACUCACUAGCUGCGUGCCCGCUGCUAUGGAGCGCCGCGGCUGCGCUGGCAACCGCACCCUCAGGAACUUCUAUUACAUCACGAUGCUGAGGGAUCCAGUUUCACGGUACUUGAGUGAAUGGAAGCAUGUUCAGAGGGGUGCAACGUGGAAAACUUCCCUUCAUAUGUGCGAUGGAAGAAGCCCAACACCAGAUGAGCUGCCUACCUGUUACGAAGGUGAUGACUGGUCUGGAGUCAGUUUACAGGAGUUCAUGGACUGCAGCUACAACUUGGCCAACAACCGCCAGGUGCGCAUGCUGGCAGACCUCAACCUGGUGGGGUGCUACAACUUGACUUUUAUGAACGAGAGUGAAAGAAACACAAUUCUUCUCCAAAGCGCCAAGAACAAUCUGAAAAACAUGGCCUUCUUCGGGCUGACGGAAUUUCAGAGGAAAACACAGUAUCUCUUUGAGAGGACAUUCAACCUGAAAUUCAUUUCCCCUUUCACCCAGUUCAACGUUACCCGAGCCUCCAAUGUGGACAUUGGUGAGGAUGUGCGGCAGCGGAUAGAGGAGCUAAAUUUCUUGGACGUGCAGCUGUACGAAUAUGCAAAGGAUCUGUUCCUGCAGCGCUUCCAGUACUCCAAGCAAGAGGAGCAUCAACAAAACCGGCUAAAGAGGCGAGAGGAGCGACGGCUGCUGCGAGAGCAGAGAGCUCACCAAUGGCCAAGGGAAGAGGCAGUAGAAGUAGCUGUUACUGAAGAUUACAAUAGCCAGGUCGCAAGGUGGUGA